UGCUUUUGACAGCUUGUUGUGACACUGACGUCGCCUGACGCGCCGUGAGUGGGAGGCACCGUGUCAGUUCAGCCCGGCCAGCAGCUUAGGAUGGCUGCAUUUUCACUCGGCGGUCCGACCGGUUUUUGUCCGUUUGCCCUCCUCUCCUCCUCCUCCCCCCUUUCCCCUCCGCCCUCCCUGGCGUUGCAAUGCUUCCACCUUGCUAGAGGUCUGUAGUCGCUCAGAAGAGACCCAUGAGGAGGCCUUCUUUCACUUUGUCGCUUUCAGGAAGCGGCUUUGUGGCGGUGGACGUGCUUCUGGGAUCGCAAAGCAGAUUCCACCCCGAAACAAUUUAUACAUUAAGAGCCGGAGUUCAACAAGUGCCACCGGCAGAUCGCCGUCUUGUUUUGAGUUUUGAGCGCUUUUAAGAUUUUUUUUUUGGUUGCCCGUCAUCGUUGCUUCAAACUUAUUUUUUCGUUUGUUGUUUAUUCCGUCAUCUGCGAUUGUCUGAUAUCAGUCGGUUAAUUAUGUGCGAUUUAUUAGUGUAGUCUAUCGUUUUUUCUUUUGUAACGCGUUGUUGUUCUGUCCAUUAUGCACCUUGUGCCUUAAACGCAAAAUAUUUCGUAUGACUGAUUAGCCGCCGAUUCGCUAAAGCUGGUAUCAGGUGAAACAAAGAUGGGGACUAAGCAGAGUAUUCCAGCUGCGAAUGGCAGGACCCGAGCAUACUCUAAUUCGGAUAUGCCUUCAAGCGCCCCCAGUGCUUCUAGUAACAGCAGUGGCAGGGCUCUGGCCAUGAGGUACCAGGCGUACAGCGCUGCAACGCACGGCACCCCGAGGGUCGCCUCUGCACCUGGAUCCGUGGCCAACGCCAUAGGGGGAUCUGGGUUUCGACCUCAGUCUGUGCAUCCAGACGGCCUGAAUAUCGCCAGGCGUCGGGAGUCCGACAGCACCGGUGCCUCCGAGGAGAGCGACGCCCCCCGAGCGCCGCGUUUCCUGAUUGGCUCGCUGCCUACGCACCUUUCGCCUCACGUCUUCGAAGGUUUCAGGUGUCCCGUCUGCUCCAAGUUUGUCCCCGCAGACGAGACGGACUUCCACCUCGUCAUGUGUUUCACAAAGCUGGGGGUCACCUAUAAUGAGGAUGUCCUGGUGAAGGAUGCUGGGGAGUGUGCGAUUUGCCUGGAAGACUUGGAACAGGGAGACACUAUCGCCCGCUUGCCCUGCCUCUGCAUCUACCACAAGGGGUGUAUAGACGAGUGGUUUGAAGUAAAUCGUUCAUGCCCAGAACACCCCUCUGAUUAAGGUCUUGGCCAUGUGCAGGUUCCUGAUUUUCCUCUGAGGCAUUAAAUCGUCCUUCAGUACCAAGAGAGAAACAGUCUCUCCUUUUUUUUGUUUUUGUUUUCUUAUGUUGCCAAGGAGGAAGAAAAAUUCUGGUGAGACCUUUGUUGCUUGGAUGUGCCAAACCUUAAGAGCAGUCUUCAGGGAAUCACCUUUGCAUGAGUUCACAUACACGUUCUCCCUCAAUGUCAGCGGCCUGAGGGGUCCAUGGCAACAUCAGGCGUUCAGUCAUUUCACUGUUUAUGGUUUCCUAAGACUCCCCUUCAACUACAGCGUUGACCAAUCAAGGAAACCUCUGUGGAGCUCAGCUGCUUCUACCCCUGGAUGACGGACACUGGCUCCUCCAAUGAGCACUCAUCUGAGUGUGCUUCAGCACCGCCUCUCCAGGAAGUGUCUUGCUGCCUAACUUCUCACUGUUGUGUAGUUCCUGUGGCCGGGCUGGUCACAAUACAGCUUCACGAGUGCCUUCCCAGUGCAAUCUGCAAGAACCCUGCAUGUUAGCAAGGCUCAGACAGACAGCACUAUGGUGCUUUGUGGAGUGAAUUAUUCUAUCUGGGGAGGUCCGGUGGGCAGGAGUGCCCCCAAGUGGCAGAUGUAAGGUAUCGCAUCUGCCUGUGUGAAUCUUGGGGAGAUCUUUGGCUGGACAUAUGGCCCAGAAUUUCACCUCGUCAGAGGUGCCACCAGCAGUCCAGGACAAGCAGAGACCUUCAGAGCCACAUCCUUGCAAAAAUGUAGCAGACUUACAGCACAUCAAAGCCUUAACAAAUCCCAAAGGGUUCUGGGAAACUGUUAUUGUUUAUGUGCAAUACUGCAGACUGGUUAUUUCAAAAUCCUGCUUUAACAAAACUGCGUGAUACAUGGAGUGAUGUUACAGUGGUAGUGGGAAGGAAUUUGCUGGAUAUUAAUUAAUUAAAAUUGUCACAUUUCAAGUUCUGCUCUCUCUUGAAUACUUGAAACAAUGCUUUAGAUAUUCUUGGGUUUCGAAUUCUGAUACCAAAGAAAAUAAGAUGCGUGCUGUAGAAAUGUUGGAUACUAGAUAGAACUUCCCGUUUCACCGUGACGUCCCUGUAGUAGAGGCCUGCAGGUUACUUCAAUCCCUGUGAGAUAUAGCACAUUACGAAGUGCCACCUCCUCAGUGUUAUGUAACGUGGCGGAGGUCAUGUGAUGGGCAGUCCCGUUCAGCUGCUCCUCCUGAUUCAUCAAUGCUUUUCCGUUUCAUCAAGUUCAGACGGAGACCCUUUGAUCAGUAUCCAAACAUAUCAAAAGCUGUGCUAAAAUUAGUGACACUUUGUUGUAUAAUUUGCAUCAGAACCAGCCCCUUUCAGCUUUAUUUCCAGCUGUAUUCAGUGUCAUGGAGCUGAGAUGUUUGCUUCUAGCAUUAAUCUGGAGCAGCAUGCAGUCCCGCCCCCCCCCCAGCAGAAAGUAUCCAAACUCCCUUUGACUCGUAGCACAUAAUUAGGCAAUCAGGAACAUUACAAACAUACAAACACGUAGAAUAUUCUACUUGUGGUGUUUAAAUAUUUCAGUUUACCUAGAUGUGCAAGAUAGAUGUAAAAAGUAUGACCAGGAGAUUUCAUUAAAAAUUGUGUAAAUUAAAGAAAUGAUUAAAAAUGAUUUUUACCA